AUGCUGAUCGAAGUUCACUACGGCGAAGCUUGUGUUUUACUUGUAAAUGGAAACUGUCGACCAGUACAUUUAUUAAAUUAUAUCCGAACUCAUUGUUGUUUAUCAUCGACAGUAAAAUUAGAUUUAUGUUUAAUUAGUAAUGGAGAACCAUUACAUCUUGCAACACCUGAAUCGAAUUUUUUCUCAACGGGACGACGUCGUUAUCCAGCGCAUAUUCAUUGUGUAUUAACCGAAAUUGAUGAUGAAGGAACAUAUACUCCAUUAUUAAACGACGCAACUUUAUUAACAAAUGAUUUUCUAGCGAAAUUAAAAAAAGCAACUAGUUUAAAAACCACACCAAAACCAGUCCCGAAAUCAGGAAAACCAUCGACGAAUCCGUCCGAUGACGAAGCCAAACGACGUCGAAGUAUUAAAUCCGUAGUUAUUGCUGCUGGUAUGAUGAACAAAAUUAAUCAUUAA